AUUAGCAUUGGCGUUAGCAUUAGCAAAAAAUAUUUCCCCGUGGAAACAAGCGGCGCUGUUCCGGUGGAGCUGCAGCCGGUGGCACAGCACUUCUGGGUGCGCGGCUCUUCGCGAAGCUCUCCGCGACUCGGGAUCCAACCCUUUCAGCGCUCUGUAACUGCCCGGAGGAAAGACACCGCAGUGCCGCUUUCUCUGUCCGCGUGUACAGGUCUGCUUUGGAGAAAUGGCUAUGAGGCAGACUCCUCUCACAUGCUCCGGUCACACCAGGCCUGUUGUGGAUCUGGCCUUCAGUGGGAUCACUCCUUACGGUUAUUUCCUCAUCAGUGCUUGUAAAGAUGGUAAACCAAUGUUGCGCCAGGGAGACACAGGGGACUGGAUCGGGACGUUCCUGGGUCACAAAGGUGCUGUUUGGGGCGCCACCUUAAACAAAGAAGCCACGAAGGCGGCUACCGCGGCUGCCGAUUUCUCUGCAAAGGUGUGGGACGCAGUGACCGGAGACGAGGUCCUCACCCUGGCCCACAAGCACAUCGUCAAAUCUGUAAACUUCACGCAGGACAGUAACUGCCUUUUGACCGGAGGAAAUGAUAAAGUGCUGCGUAUUUAUGACCUCAGCAAACCUGAAGCAGAGCCACAAGAGAUCUCGGGUCACACCUCAGCCAUUAGGAAAGCACUGUGGUGUAACAACGACCAGCAGAUCUUGUCUGCAUCGGAGGAUAAAACCAUACGGCUCUGGGACAGAAACACGGGAGAGGUGGUGAAGACGCUGCCGUUCGAGGCAUCUGUCGGCAGCAUGGAGUACGUCCCCGACGGCGAGGUCCUCGUCAUCACCUACGGAAGGACCAUCGCCUUUUACAACGCACAAACCCUGGACCUGAUCAAGAGCGUGGACGCUCCGGCCUCCAUUCACUCGGCCUCGCUGCAUCCUGACAAAGACUUCUUUGUCGCCGGAGGAGAUGACUUCAAGCUCUACAAAUAUGACUACACCACUAAUGAGGAAAUGGAGUCGUAUAAGGGUCACUUUGGGCCUGUGCACUGUGUGCGCUUCAGUCCUGACGGAGAGCUGUACGCCAGCGGCUCUGAGGACGGGACGCUGCGCCUGUGGCAGACCGCCGUAGGGAAAACGUACGGACUGUGGAAGUGCGUGCUCCCCGAAGAGCUCUCUUCAGAAAACUCGGACACUCUGUACUGCCCUCCAGCUGAGAUCAAGGCUUGAGGUGUGGACCAGGACGAGCGCGCGAGUGAGCAAGCGGCAAGGAGAAAAGGAGAGGUCCCAGACGGGCCCCAGAUCAGAUCCCCUGCAGAGUGCUGUGCCACCUCAAUCUCCAUCACCCAGUAAAAUAAAAUAAAAGAGAAAUUCCAAGACCGUGGAGCUGAGUGUUACACGGGGAGCGGGAUGAGGGGAAUCCUGCAGCAUGUUACGCCACACGCCCCAGACCAAGCACCAGGAGGCAGUAGUAGAGAUGGGAGUGCUCACGUUCCGACUCCCAGCUGCCUGCUUUCUCUCUGAUGCUGUUCAACACCAUCCAGCUCCACCAUCGCCAUCGCGCUUACUUUACUUUCAUCCUUCUAUCGUUUUGUUUUGUUUAGUUUUUUUUUUCCUUUCCUGAACGUGUAAGAUUUGUGCUUUUAAAACAAAAAAGGGAUCCGCAGUGAUUCUUAUUCAGUUUAUCGCUCUCAGUGAAGGUGAUCCUGAUAAACAAGUGUUAACGUCAAAACGUAAUUCACAAUGGUGUCUUGGUGUAUUAAUAUUCACCCGUCGAGGAUGUCAGUUUUGGGGUGUUUUUCUGAAAUGUAACGUAAAACUGAAACAAAAAAUACUUAAGUUCUUAGCUGUGUUUUUUUUUUUUUGCAACAUGCCAGCUUUAAUGCGUGGUCAAUAAAAACGUUAAUGAAAUACUA